UGGUGUUGGUGGAAGUAGGCGAGAACGGGUAAAUUUGGAUUCUCCAAGUUGGGUAAGGGAAAGCUUCCAUGACUACAACAAAGAGACAGUCAUCCUCAUCCACGGAUACGCCGGGAUAUCCGACAUACUACCCAUGGGAGUCCUUCGAGACGCCUAUUUAUCAAACGGGUCUUACAAUGUGUACAUUGUGGACUGGUCACCACUGUCUAGGAUACCUUGCUACGCAGCGGCGGUCCACAACAUGAAGCCUGUCGCACGCUGCGUCGCAUCACUAAUGACGCAUUUGAGAAAUUCAGGCGUCGAUUUUUCCAGGACGACCUGCGUCGGUCACAGCCUGGGGGCCCAUCUCUGCGGAAUAUCGACCAAUUAUCUCUUAUUCAGGCUUCAUAAAAUCAUAGGAUUGGACCCGGCCAGGCCGUUGAUACUAAGCCAGCUGAAAGGCAGGUUAGACCCGGGCGAUGCUCAGGUCGUGCAAGUCAUCCACACCAGCGCCACCUAUGGUGACAGCAGACGAUCCGGUCACGUUGACUUCUGUGUCAACGGUGGAAGCAGUCAACCUUUCUGUGCUAAUACGACAAACGAAGAGCUCUGCUCGCAUAUUCGCAGUGUAUGCUACCUUGCUGAAAGCCUUGAUCCUAGCAGGGCCAAAAUUGGUUCGCCGUGUCUGAGGAGAUGUCUGAAAGGGGCGAGAAGGCCCGUCUGGGACAGGAGGAACCUGCCUGUCCCCAUGGGACACAACACGCCCGAAUGGGUCGACGGGCUUUAUUGUGUCAGCAAUGAAGAAGCCCCUUACUGCCCAACCAAAGAGAACCCUUUCGGGAACCCGCUCUGCUGUGUACCGCCGGGAAAACCGUUUUCAAGCAAUCUUGUCAAAUAAGUACAACAAACGAGACUGACCUCAAAAUUUCUAGUUUAACAAUGUUUCGUUUUAAAAAUAGUCCCGCUUUGUUCUUGUUAAACUGUAAUCUGUAAGCAGUAUUUAUUGUUAAUGAUUAUUUAAUUGUUUAUUUGUUAAUUAAAAUAAUUUUAAAUC